AUGAAUCAAAGAGCUGUUUAUUUCUAUGAUGAUGACAUUGGCAAAUUUUACUAUGCUCCUAACCAUGCAAUGAAACCUCAUCGUGUAAGGAUGGCUCAUACAUUAAUUACAGCUUAUGGAUUAGACAAGAAAAUGAGAUGCCUUAGACCAAAGAGAGCUACUGCAAAUGACAUGAUGAGAUUCCAUUCCGCCGAUUAUAUUAGUUUUUUAGAGCGAGUUCAACCAGAAAAUAUAGAUCAAUUAAAUGGCUUAGCAGAAAAAUUUAAUUUAAAUACAGAUACACCAAUUUUUGAAGGAGUUUUUGAGUUCUGUCAAAUAUCAGCCGGUGGAACUCUUUCCGCUGCAGAAGAAUUAAUAAAAGGAAAAGCAGACAUCGCUAUCAAUUGGGCAGGCGGUCUCCAUCAUGCCAAAAUGACACAAGCAAGUGGUUUCUGCUACGUUGCUGACUGCGUACUUGGAAUUCUCAAAUUACUUGAAAGAUACAAACGUGUAAUGUAUAUUGAUAUCGACGUUCAUCACGGUGAUGGAGUUGAAGAAGCAUUUUAUACUACUGAUCGCGUUCUUACAGUUUCUUUCCAUAAAUACGGACAUUAUUUCCCUGGAUCAGGCAAUUCCAAUGAUGUCGGAGCAGGAAGAGGCAAAUACUACAGUAUUAAUGUCCCUCUCAAAGAUGGAAUCGAUGAUAAUACUUAUACAAUGUUAUUCAAAAAUAUAAUUACAACAGCCUUCGAAUGGUACCGUCCUGAGGCCAUAUUAUUACAGUGUGGUGCAGAUUCAUUAACAGGUGAUCGUCUUGGCACUUUUAACCUCACAAUCAGCGGACAUGCAGAAUGUAUCCGAAUUUGCAAGAGUUUUGGAGUUCCUUUGCUUCUAACCGGUGGCGGUGGAUACACAGUAAGGAAUGUCGCCAGAUGCUGGACUUACGAAACAGCUCUUGUUUUAGGAGAAGAAUUAGAAAAUCAAAUUCCAUAUAAUCAGUAUCUUCCUUAUUUCGGACCUGAUUAUAACCUCCACAUACAACCAUCGAACAAACCAAACCAGAAUGCUGAAGAAUACCUCAAAAAGAAAGAAGCCGAAAUUAUGGACCACAUGAGACAUCUUCCUUGCGCUCCUUCGAUCAGAUUAUGGAACUCUAAGGAUGAAUUAUCAAGAAUGCUUGAAGAUUCUGAUGAAAGUGACGAUAAUUUUUAUGAUUCAAGACUUACUGAUUCUUGCAUUCAUACUGACUAUCAUUUUUCAUAUCUUCCUCAAUAA